GGCGCUGCCGAGCCCACAACAUCCGAGCCGCGGUCCCCCCGCCUGUGACUCUGCGAGAAGCCACCGCGCAGCCCGCGCCGAGCGCACCCGGAGCCGCGCCCGAACCGUACCCAUGUUUCACCCCGCCGAGCGCGCCCAGGACUGGGCCAUGGAGGGCCCCCGGGACGGGCUCAAGAAGGAGCGGCCGCUGGACGACCGCCACGACAGCGGCCUGGACUCCAUGAAGGACGAGGAGUACGAGCAGAUGGUGAAGGAGCUGCGCGAGAUCCGCCUGGAGCCGCAGGAAGCGCCGCGCAGCUCCGAGCCCUGGAAGCAGCAGCUCACGGAGGACGGAGACUCGUUCCUGCACUUGGCCAUCAUCCAUGAAGAGAAGGCGCUGACGAUGGAAGUGGUCCGCCAAGUGAAGGGAGACCUGGCCUUUCUUAACUUCCAGAACAACCUGCAGCAGACUCCGCUCCACUUGGCUGUGAUCACCAACCAGCCAGAAAUCGCCCAGGCACUUCUGGAAGCUGGCUGUGAUCCUGAGCUGCGAGACUUUCGAGGAAAUACCCCCCUACACCUUGCCUGUGAGCAGGGCAGCCUGGCCAGUGUGGGAGUCCUGACUCAGAGCUGUGGGACCCAGCACCUCCAGGCCAUCCUGCAGGCCACAAACUACAAUGGCCACACAUGUCUGCACUUAGCCUCCAUCCAUGGCUACCUGGGCAUCGUGGAGCGUUUGGUGUCCUUGGGCGCUGAUGUCAAUGCCCAGGAGCCCUGUAAUGGCCGAACGGCCCUUCAUCUUGCGGUGGAUCUGCAGAAUCCCGACCUGGUGUCUCUCCUGUUGAAGUGUGGGGCUGACGUCAACAGAGUCACCUACCAGGGCUACUCCCCGUACCAGCUCACCUGGGGCCGCCCAAGCACCCGGAUACAGCAGCAGCUGGGCCAGCUGACCCUAGAAAACCUUCAGAUGCUGCCAGAGAGUGAGGAUGAGGAGAGCUAUGACACAGAGUCGGAGUUCACAGAGGACGAGCUGCCCUACGAUGACUGUGUGCUUGGAGGCCAGCGCCUGACGUUAUGAGCUUCACAAAGCAUCUGAAAGAACAUGGACUUGUAUAUUUGUACAAAAACAGAGUUUUAUUUUUCUAAAAAAAAAAAAAAGAAAAGAAAAAAAGAAAUCAAAAGGGUGUACUUAUAACCACACUGCACACUGCCUGGCCCAAAACAUUUGUGGUGGAUCAGCCCUCAUUUUGUUAUUUUUAUGAACUUCGGAAGGGAACAAGAAAGAUCAUUGGAUUUCAAAGAAAACCUCUUUUAAAACUCACCAUUGCGGGAGUUUUUUGAGGUUAUCCAAAAUCUGAUGAAAGGACUGCAUUUUAUUUAUUGUCCUUUUUGAGUGAAGCCCAGCCGUGCCCUGUGACUUGUAACAAUGAGGUGUGUUGUUAAACCUUUCAGUGGUGUGGGGUUAAACCUUUCAGUGGUGUGGUGCUACCUGUCAAGGUUUGUGUUACCCUCCUGUAAAUGGUGUAAAUAGUGUAUUUUGUUGGUAAUUAUUUUGCUAUUUCUAAGAUGUAUAUUUAUUAAACAGAUGUUUACAAACAGAA